CAAGCUCCUACUCACUUCUCAUCACCUGCAUCCAUAAUAUUAACAUCCAUCAUCAAAUUCAAGCAACCACCAUCAUGGGACUCACACCUAUAAAAGUGCGCGGGAAACGGAAAGCUCAAGCUCCGGCUGUUAGAGAAAAUGGACGCAAAUCUCAGGUAAGAAAGUACUUCAUAUGAUUUUAUAGUUGGCGCGCUCACCAAAAGGUUUUCACGUAACCUGUUUUCUAACUCUGAAACAGAAACGAGGACCUGGACGGCCUAUGAGCUUGCCUUCAUCGCGAUCUUCUUCAAGGAUGUCUUCUCCAGCAAACAUGGAGAAAAGACUUGAAAAGGCCCCGAAAAAGCGGUCGCUCAAGAAUCUUAAACCGCAACGCAAAAUGUCACUACUCGAGAAACUUCCUAUCGAGUUGCUAGAGAGGGUGUAUCUCUAUGCCCUGAACAUAGCACUUCCAAGGUCGAGUCCCAUUAUUGGGGGGAAGUUAAGUAGCGAAAUGAUAUACAUACAAACCAUCACAGCGGCUUUUGGGUGUACUUGGCUCGAUUCGUUAGAACGUGACGAGACCACGAUUGACAGCGAGCUAUCCCAGUACGGCGGGUUUGACCCCGGUAUCGAAGGCAUCCAAUUUCAGGUGAGCUACUUGGAUCUCCUUAUCUGAACAAGAUCAGAAUGGACCGAUUGCGUCUCAGUCGUUUCAUUCACGCCCAAUUCUAAUAGCUAAAUUAAUCUACUAACGUUGCGAUUUUUCAUAGAGUGUCGUAUUGAGAUGUCGGUGGUUGUCUCUAGGAGUGUUGUUCAAGGCGAAAGACAACUGGAUUCAAUACAUCGCUCCUCGCUCAGUGCCCCACCAUCUUUGUUAGUCCAGAUGCCUUGCUCAUAUUGAACCCGAAUUAACCGACAAAAUUCAGGGUUCGAAGACCGACAUCUAGAAGGAGAUACAAAUUGCUCUUUUUGGACAGGUCUCUCGUUCUCCAAACAUGAGGAAAUUUAUCAUUCGAGGAGCGCAGCUGAGCAUUUCGACAGAGAAUAUGAAAGAUUCUUGAGAUUCGCUUCACAAGACUAUCCCGCUCCCAGCGCGGUACUGAACUUGCUUGAUCGCUCGGGAGACGUCGAUCACCGUGUGGAUAUUCCGGAAAGCCUACUCACUGGACAGCCAUUCUGGACCAAUGAGCAGAGAAGAUUUUUGUUUUGGAUCGUGAAGUCGGGAGCCGUAAUACAAUGGCAGACAUCUACAAAUGGCGAGAGCGCGUCGAUUGGCUUAAAGAAUGCCAUAUCAGCUGGUGACAUGCAGGUUAUUCUUUUGUUGGUCUGCGCGGGCAUGAACCAACGCAUUAGCUAUGAUGUACUGCUACACGCUCUUCACAAUGCACCAGAGGGUAAGUCACAUCUUUUCCUGAGGCUACUGGAAACACAUUCUAGACAUUAUCCUCAGUCAUCAAGCUUUGCGGAAAUCUCUGUUCUCAAAAGUCCUAGAAGGAUUUCAUGGCUCUUUGAGGGCCUUUGGAUGGUUAACUGUUUAGGUCCCAAGCUGACUUUGAUACCUACAGACAAAUUGCUAAAGGUCAUGAACCACUUACUAUUCAAUAUCCUCGAACAUCCUCAAGGCGAAUCAAUCAAUAAUAACCAAUGGGCGGAUCUCAAAGAUGAAUUGUUGGGUUUGGAGAAAAAUGGGAGUGAAAUGAUGCGCCAGCUUGCCCGAUCAUUAUGCGAAUCUCAAGCAUUUAUAGCUUUAGACCAAGUUCACUCUUAUGACAAAUUUCUCAAAACCUAAUGAUUAAAGGUAGCAUGGCAGAAAAUAAGUUUGGGGUUGUUAGUACAAGUAAUAGUAAUUGUGUCCUGGACAAGGUUAUGGGAAUGUGCUGGUG